GUAACAGCCUACUACCAGUCCCGUCAUAGACAUUCUCGCAACCAGGGAAUGCGUCUGGAGCGAGCGUGCAGCGCUCGAGAAGAGAACCAGAGAAUGUGAGAGCAGCGCGCAAAACCACAUCUCCACAACCGACUUUCAUAGAAUUCCUAGAAAUGUGCUUCUCGUAGAUUGCCCAGCGCCAAUAAAGCGGGGAUAUCUGCUCCAGUAACUCAUAGGAAAAUGAAACGGCUUUCCCGAAAGCUGACUUUGGCAUUGGUGGUGCUUUGUUGGAUUGCUGCACUACUGUAUUUGAUACUCUUAAGUAGGCAGAAAGUAUCGGACCUGGGGACUAAAGACGCACAGUACGGAAAGAUCUCAGAGGCAGAAUGGGACGACCUCCUGGAAGAGUUUGAAGAGAAGAACUACCUCAACGCCAGGCGUUGGAAACCAGGCCAGGACCCGUACAAACUGUAUGCCUUCAACCAGAGAGAGAGUGAGAGGAUACCCAGCAACAGAGUUCUCAGAGACACACGCCAUUACAGGUGCACCACGCUACAUUAUGACCCAGAUCUGCCCUCCACCUCCAUUGUCAUCACCUUCCACAACGAGGCCCGCUCUACUCUGCUACGCACCAUCAGGAGUGUGCUGAACCGGACGCCUGUCCACCUGAUUCACGAGAUCAUCCUGGUAGAUGACUACAGUGAGGAUGCAAACGACUGCCUUCUACUCACCAAGUUGCCCAAAGUAAAGUGUCUUCGGAAUGACAGGAGAGAAGGUCUGAUCCGCUCCAGGGUUCGUGGGGCGGACGCGGCUAAGGCCGGGGUCCUGACCUUCCUGGACAGUCACUGUGAGGUCAACAAAGACUGGCUGCCUCCGCUGCUCCAGAGGAUCAAAGAGGACCCCACCUGUGUGGUGAGCCCAGUGAUCGACAUCAUUAACAUGGAUACAUUCGCUUACGUAGCAGCCUCCUCUGACCUCCGUGGAGGCUUCGACUGGAGUCUACAUUUCAAGUGGGAGCAGUUGUCUGCUGAACAGAAAGCCAGGAGAGCUGACCCCACCGAACCCAUUAAGACGCCUAUCAUCGCCGGAGGGCUGUUUGUGAUUGACAAGUCGUGGUUCAACCACCUGGGGAAGUAUGACACAGCCAUGGACAUCUGGGGUGGGGAGAACUUUGAGAUCUCGUUCCGGGUGUGGAUGUGUGGAGGGAGCCUAGAGAUUAUCCCCUGCAGCAGGGUCGGCCACGUCUUCCGCAAGAAACACCCCUACAUCUUCCCUGAGGGCAACGCCAACACCUACAUCAAGAACACCAGGCGCACGGCGGAGGUGUGGAUGGACGAGUUCAGGCUCUUCUACUACUCGGCUCGCCCUGCAGCACGGGGCAAGUCCUACGGAGACAUUCAUGGCAGGGAAGAGCUCCGCAAGAUUCUCAAGUGCAAAUCCUUCAAGUGGUAUCUGGACAACGUCUACCCAGAGCUCAAAGUGCCGGAUGAUUCGGACUCUAAGUCGGGGGUGGUUCGUCAAAGACAGAAUUGUCUAGAGUCGCGGAAGCUGGAGGGACAGGACCUCCCCUCUCUCACACUGGCACCCUGCAUCGGGACCAGAUCUGUGCCGGCACUCAACCAGGAGUGGAUCUACACCCACGGGCAGCAGAUCCGCCAGCAACAGCACUGCCUCUCCCUCUCUACCACUUUUCCUGCCUCCCAGGUCAUGCUCAUGCCCUGUAACAUCGGCGACGGGAAACAACGAUGGCAGAAGUCAGGCACCCAUCUGGAGCACCUGGCCUCCCACUUCUGCCUGGACAGUGAGAUGGCCCUGGACGGCAUCGAGAGCAGCAAGAUGCUGGUGAUCAGCCCCUGUGAACUGACAGCCUACACCCAGAGAUGGGAGAUGCCCUUCUCCUGAUCCACCCACAACACAAUCCUUCCUGUAGAGGAGGACUACACUACGAGCAAUCACAAACGUCUGCAGUGCAUACUAUAGCCAAGGGCUUUUAGAAAGAGAGAGAGAGAGUGAUGGAGGGAGAUAGGGAAAGGAGAGAGGAGGAGGAUACCAGAGUAAAGGGUGUUUUCGGUCACUGAGAUAAGUCUUUAUAAGAUGGCAGGGACUUGGACUGAGGUCAGCACAUUCAAGUGUUCAACAAGACAUUCAGCAGGGCUAAUAUAGAUGAAAAUACAGGGGACAUCAUUUUUCAUUGCUGUUUUCAUUGAAACUUGUGGUCUGUCAAAACUAUUCUUCUAACUGCUGCUUCAAGUGUAUAAUUUCUUCGUAAUGACAUUUCAAUGGUGAUCUAAUAUGGGAUGGGAUGCAGCUAUGAUGGAAUUUGUGUCAGCAAAUUUAAUGCAUAUGUCAAAUGGCAAUAUUUUAAUAUCCUAUGAUACCCAUUUAUUUUUAAUUGAAAUGGAGAUGACCUUUACACAAAAUGUCUAUGAUCCUGAAACACACACACACACACACACACACACACGUCUAUGAUCCUGAAACACGCACGCACACACACAUACACAUAUAUGAUCCUGAAACACACACGCACACACACACACACACACGUCUAUGAUCCUGAAACACACACACACACACGUCUAUGAUCCUGAAACACACACACACACACACACACGUCUAUGAUCCUGAAACACACACACACACACACGUCUAUGAUCCUGAAACACACACGCACACACACACACACGUCUAUGAUCCUGAAACACACACACACACACGUCUAUGAUCCUGAAACACACACACACACACACACGUCUAUGAUCCUGAAACACACACGCACACACACACACACACACACGUCUAUGAUCCUGAAACACACACACACACACGUCUAUGAUCCUGAAACACACACACACACAUGUCUAUGAUCCUGAAACACACACGCACACACACACACGUCUAUGAUCCUGAAACACACACACACACACGUCUAUGAUCCUGAAAACACACACACACACACAUCUAUGAUCCUGAAACACACACGCACACGUCUAUGAUCCUGAAACACACACACACACACACACACGUCUAUGAUCCUGAAACACACACACGCGCACACACACACACGUCUAUGAUCCUGAAACACACACACACACACGUCUAUGAUCCUGAAACACACACACACACAUGUCUAUGAUCCUGAAACACACACGCACACACACACACAUGUCUAUGAUCCUGAAACACACACACACACACGUCUAUGAUCCUGAAACACACACACACACACA